UCACUUCACUCCAUCCCUUUUCAUCUUUCUAGUUAUUAUCGAGAAAUAAACCUUGUCGAGAUAACCUAAUCGACGAAGCUCCCUACCUCAAUCAUCUAUUAAGCAAUGAGACGCCCAUUGCGACUAAGAGAUCCAGCUCAUGCUCACUGUACAACAGUAGAUGGAAACUCUAGCCAUGUCCGAUGCAACUACUGUAAGCAUACAAUGCGGGGAGGAGUUAGCCGCCUCAAGGAACAUCUAGCUAGAAAGAGAGGGAAUGUAGUCGCUUGCAAAAAAUGCCCAGAAAAUGUGACAUCUGAAAUGAGGAAGCUACUUGCCAGGCGAGCAUCUGAGAUAGAGGAGGAGGAGAAUAAUAUGAUGAGGCAAUCAUCAGAAAUAAUGAGAGAUGGAGAAGCUGAAGGAGGUUUAUCUCGCAGGACUAAUGCAGAGAUUGAUGAGGAGAGAAUUUUGUUGGAAAGAGCUAUCCAAGAAAGCCUCCGUACUUAUGAGAUGGAAAAGAAGACGAUUGCAAGAGAUGAGGAUGAGUUCGAAGCUGCUUGUCGCGCAAGCAAACUCUCUUACCAGCAAGAGCUGCAGAGGCGUGGGGAGGGUUGUAGUGGGACGAAGCCAUGGCCUCCAAAUGAGGAUUACAACUGCAAUAAUCAUAUUAAUCUGGAUGACUCUGAUUCAGAUUAUGAUAGUGAUUAAGGAUUUUAAUUUUUUAUCUUAACUUUAGUAUUUAAAAACUUGAGUUUAUCAUUUCCUAUAUAAGUAUGGCUCUUAUGGGGCAAGAAUAAAUUGUUGAUAUUGAG